ACGAACAGGUUGUGGGUCUGUUGGCGCAGAAGGCAGCAGCAGGGGGCGAGGAUGCUCAGGAGUGCAUGGAGAGCCUCUCUCUGGAGCUGGUGGGCGUGAGGGAGGAGCUGGCUCGUGCAGGGAGCACUUGAAGCUGUCCGAUGAUGCAAACGACAGGCUGACAAGGAAAACGCAGGAGAUGGAGGCAGAGAUGCUGUGGCUGGCUGCUCAGAGACUCGCUCUGGAAGAACAAGUCAACGCUCGCAAAGCUCUCACCAAGGAUCACUCCUUCGCUCGCACGCCCAUCCCAUCUGCACCCACGCCCACCCCAUCAGCCGCUGCAACUGCUGCUCCUCACAGUAGCCUCAUUCCCAAACCUCCUCUUCCUACCACCAGUACCUACGGGAUCAGCCAAGGAACGGGUAUGAGCCAUGGGGUGGGUGUGACCAGCGGGAUGUGCGUCAACAGAAAUCUCAGAAGCGUUUUCUAUGGCCAUGUGCUCUGGAAGUCCGUUGUCAGCUGUACAGCACGGUACAGCAGCAGCGGUAGCAGGAGGAUCAGAAGCAGCAACGGCGGCAGCUGCAGCAGCAGCAGCAGCUGUAUUACCAGAAUCACCCGCAGCAGCAUCAGCAGCAGAAUCACCAGCAGCAGGAGCAGCAGCAGCAGAGUUGGCAGCAAUGACAGCAACGUCACCAGCAGAAUCAGCAGCAGCAGCUGCAGCAAAAGCACCUACACGUGAACAAGGAUGGGAAGGCAAUGAGUUUGAGGGCAGAAUAUUGUCAACUAUUGUAGACAAUAUAUCAACUCCUGGGCUUGUCCACAGCAGGCAGAACUUGCCGCAACAGCACCGCUCGGAGCUGGAGAGCGCGACAAAAGGAAAGGUGGAGGCUGAGAGGAUGAACAGGGAACUCGAGGCAAGACUGAACCUUCAGGCGCAGGAAAUGAGGGAGCUUAUAGAGAGGAUGCACACAGAGGAGGAGAGGAGGCGUGAGGCAGAGCAGGAAGCGGUAGAGAUGGAGAAAGAGGUUCGGGAAGCUGGGCGGCAGCAGAAGCCUUGGCGCAUGAAGUGAGGGACCUUUUAGAGAGGAUGCAGACAGAGGAGGGGCGGGGGCGUGAGGCACAGCGGGCGGCAGAAGAGAUGGAGAAAAGGGUUCAGGAAGCUUCUGCCGCAGCUGCAGCCUUGGCGCAGGAGAAAUCUGCAGCGGAGAGGCUGCUUCUGGCUACUCAGGAGCAGGUUCAGGAGCUGCAGGUUCGGGAGGAGAGGAGCGAGGAUGGGAGGCGGGCUUUGGAGGCAGCAGUAAAGAUGGAGCAGGAGAGGAGGAUGGAGGAGGUGAGGGAGAGCCUUAAAAUUCUGCGGGAGAGAGAGGAGAGAGCUUUGGUGGCUGACGAGAAGGCAGCAGCAGCAGAGAGGAAGGCAGCGGCCACAGAGGGGAGGGCAGGAGCAGCAGAGAGGAGAGCAGAAGAGGCCAUGGCUGCUGAGGUGAAAGCAAAGGGCGUUGAGAUGGCAGCGCACGAGAACAGAGUGAAGAAGGAAGAGGAGGUAAAGUGACUGAGGCUGGAGAGGGAGGAGGCACAGAGACUUGUUGAGGAGCUUGUGAGGAAGGUCGUGGAGUUGGAGGAGAAAGGGAGAGACGCGGAGAGGAGGGCAGAAGAGGAUGCGCUGUCAUUGCAGGAAGCAGCGAGGAAGGUGCAGGGGGUGCGGGAAGAGGCGGCAGUGGCAGGGGAGAGGGUGAGGGAGAGCCUGAAAAGGCUGCAGGAGGCGGAGGAGAGAGCAGUCGCAGCUGAAAAGAGGGCUGAAACAGCAGAGGGUAGGGCAGCGGCAGCAGACAGGGAGGCGGAAGCAGCGGAAGGGGAGGUAGUGGAUGAGAAAGGGAUGCAACAGCGGCAAGAGGAGCUGAAAGUGGGGGCAGAGGCGGAGGAUGAGAAGAAUGAAGGGGAAAAUGAGGAAGGGGGUGAGGAGGAGGAGGGGAAGGAGGAGGAAGAGCAGGGGAACAGAGAGCACGGUGGGGAAGGAAGGGGCAGUGACUUCUUUAGGGUUGUCACAUACAAUAACAGGGACUUUAAAGUGUCGCUGCAUACGGGAAGGAAACUGGGGGAACUGAGUCACAAGAUGACAGAGUUGCUUCCGCACGCUAAGAAAAACUUCCGGCUGGGCACGCUACAAAUGUUUGGUGUGAGGGAGAAUGAUUUUGUGAAGGGCCAGUAUGUUGCUGUAGUGCAAACGUGCAGGAUAGCUAGCGAUUUUACUCAUCCGGUGGGAGCUGGUAAGUUCGUGGAGCUGGUGGUCUGCAAUUUGAAGACUCAAAACGAGUUCAAAUUCCCGUAUUCAAUGUUAUCGGAGGAAGAGCUGGAGUGGGCUAGCAGGUAUUGUGUUUCCUGUGACAGCGUGGAGUGCAGCAACUUCCCCUACCAUAGCAACGCCUUUGUUAUAAUGUUCCAUAACUGAGAGAACAAGAUGGAUAUGCAGCUAGAAGGUACCGGGGAUAGGGCUGAUGUU